GUUACGAUACUAUCUCGUCUCGUCUAUAAAUAUAAGAUUGUUAUGAAUAUCAUUCAUUUGAAUUAAAACGUUUGAAAAUACAGGAAGAGUAAGAAGCAUAUUCGAGUUGGAAAUAAUUAAAUAACAAUAGUGGGAACAGCUUUUUUGUCUAUGACAUGAAGCUUGCACAUUUCUAUUCUAAGAUUUAAUUUAUCAUCACUUAAGUUACAAUAUGAAGAUACACUACAUCGUCAGUAAGAUUUAAAUUACAUGAUUGCUCAAAAUUAAUCAGUGCGAGCACUUAUACAGUUUACUGCGAAUUCUUUGCUUAGCUGGUUUAAAUUGUCCUAAAGAAUAAUCAUCAGUAAUAAUAGUGGAAAAUUUACCUGCCAACAACAAAAAUAUACAAAAACAUUAAAAUGAUUUCAUCGAAGUUAUUGAUUAUUUUAACAAUUUUGGGAUUAACAAGUGUCGCUUAUACAGAAGAAACUGCACCCAGAAUAAAAACGCCUCUAGGAGGCAUCCAAGGGUAUUAUAAAAUAUCUGCAGAUGGUAGACCUUACGAAGCUUAUGAAGGAAUUCCUUAUGCUAUACCUCCUACAGGAAAAUUAAGAUUUAAGCCUCCACAAAAAAUCCCAGCAUGGCCUGGUGAACUUAUGGCAACUAAAUUUGGUUCUCUGUGUUUACAAUACGAGCAAAUAGUUGAAAAAUCACGAGACAGAGUUCAAGGCUCGGAAGAUUGUCUAUAUUUAAAUGUUUAUGUUCCUAAGCGUGAAUCUAGAUUAUCACUUUUACCGGUUAUUUUCUGGAUUCAUGGUGGAGGUUUCCAAUAUGGUACUGGAAUGCGUCUCGGAGCUAAAUAUUUAAUGGAUCGAGAUGUUAUAUUUGUCACAAUAAAUUAUCGUUUAGGCCCAUUAGGUUUUCUAAGCACAGAAGAUGACGUUUUACCAGGUAAUAUGGGACUCAAAGAUCAAAGUAUGGCACUGAGAUGGGUUUCUGAAAACAUUGAAUGGUUUGGGGGUAAUCCUAAGAAAAUAACAUUGGCUGGUCUAAGUGCUGGUGGUGCUAGUGUACAUUAUCAUUAUUUAUCUCGUUUAAGUUCUGAUCUUUUCCAAGGAGGCAUAUCUAUCAGUGGUACGGCAUUUGAUUGUUGGACACAAACUGAAAAUGCUUUGGAGAAAGCUAAAAAAUUAGGUGCUUUAAUGGGUUGCCCUACAAGUAAUACUCGAGAUAUGGUAAAUUGUUUGAGGUAUCGACCAGCUCGGAAUCUGGUCGCAGCAACCAAAGAGUUCCAACCGUGGUUAUACAAUCCUUUCACACCAUUUGGCCCUGUCGUUGAAAAACACGAAGAUGCUCCUUUCAUAAACCAAUCACCAGCAGAUAUUAUUAAUAGUGGUAACGUUCAAGAUAUUCCAUGGAUUACAAGUUCCACCAGCGAAGAAGGACUAUUUCCUGUGGCUGAAUUUAUAACCGACGAUAGAUACCUCAAAGAACUCGAUGAGAAUUGGAAUACUAUUAUACCUCAUUUCCUGGAUUAUAAUAAUACUAUUCCAAGGGAAAAACAUGUAGAAACAGCUAAACUUAUCAGAAAGCAUUACUUUGGUUCUAAAAAAAUUAAUAAAAAGACCAUUGCACCUCUAGUACAAAUGGUUGGAGAUAGAUUUUUUGUGGUUGAUAGUGAAAAAGCUGCAAGAUUACAGGCAAAAGUAAAUCAACAACCUGUUUGGUAUUAUCGCUAUUCAUAUAGAUCUACAUAUAGUUUAAGCGAAGUUAUGAGCGGAAGCAAGGAAAAUUUUGGCGUUAGUCAUGCCGAUGAUGCAUAUCUUGUUUUGGAUACUCCAUAUUUUGGUCCAGUAACAAGAAGUGACGAUAUUCAAAUGCAACAAGAUCUAAUUGAACUUUGGAUUUCAUUUGUCAAUAACAACAUUCCCCGUAUUGGUACAAGCAAAUGGACCAAAGUAGACCCAUCUCAAAACGAAUUCAGUUUCCUUCACAUUGAAGGACCUGGCAAGUAUUCUAUGAGUAAAAACGACAAUUUAGGACAUAAAAACUUUUGGAACAGUAUCGACUUUAAGGAAAAUACGUUGCAAUCUACGAAACACGUAAAAGAAGAUCUUUGAACAGAAAAUAUUUUAUCUAAUACAGAGAUGGGCGUACUUCUUAUUUUUUGUUGUUAUUUGUAUACAUAUAUAU